AUGGCGGCCGCCGAAGAGCAUGUGGUUAGAACGGCGCCGGCGGGCUACACGGCUCUGGCGGUGAAGUUCGGGGAGCGGCAGCGCUCGCCACACUGCCUUCUGGUGAAGGAGCACCAAGUGCGGGAAGGGGCUGGCACCGCGCACCCGCCUCGCCGCACCCUCUUCGUCCUCAACGUCCCCCCGUACUGCAGCCCGGACACUCUGUCUAGGCUGUUUGCCCGCUGUGGGUGUGUCCAGUCUGUGGACGUCUGUGAGAAGCCAGGGCCGGCAGAGAAAAAAGAAAAACUCGCAUCCAAAUUCUUCAACCGCAAGACUGUAACGGGAUUUCAAGUAGCAUACGUGGUGUUCAGGAAACCAGCUGGUGUCCAGGCAGCCAAGGCCCUGUCACAGGAAGGUAUCUUGCUGAUAUCAACAGAGAGUCACCCUGUGAAAACAGGCAUUAGCAAGUGGAUCGACAACUAUGCGGCCUCAGUCGUGGAUCAGGAGGAGCUGAAGGCUGAGGUGGAUGCCUACAUGCAAGACUAUGACAAAAAGAUAGCAGAGGAAGAAGCCAAAGCGGCCAAGGAGGAGGGCAUUCCAGAUGAGGAGGGCUGGGUGAAGGUAACGCGGAAGGGCCGGAAGCCUGGUCUGCCCCGGACAGAGGCAGCCAACCUGCGGGUGCUGGAGAGGGAGAAGCAGAAAAGGGCCCGUAAAGAGCUGCUCAACUUCUAUGCCUGGCAGCAUCGCGAGACAAAGCGAGAGCACAUUGCGCAGUUGAGGAAGAAGUUUGAGGAGGACAAGCAGAGAAUCGCACUGAUGCGAGCUCAGCGCAAGUUUCGGCCAUACUAAGCCAUGCCAAGCUUUUUCCUCAGAUGCCUGUGCUGGAGAGGGCGGAAGAGAUGCCUCGGACUCUACGUGCCAAAGGACUUCAAGGAAUUGAGGCAGCUUCAGGUUGUCCCUGCCCUUGGAUCUGAAGUGGGAGAUCCCAGCAAACGCUGCUGGAGAGGGAGUUUUUUUUCACUUGCACCGGUAUCCUCCUGCUCUCCCAGCCAUCGUCUGGCCCUGUGGCACCACUUCCCAGGAUGCUCAGGUCAAGGGGCUGAGGCACUUCCUGUGACAACCUGUAUCUCCCUGCCACCCAAGGGCCUCCUAAAGCUUGGUGAGAGCUGGGAUUGACCUGGCACAGCCUCUGCAGGGGCAGGGAAUGGCUGAAGAACCGUAAAUAUACUGCUGCUGCGUUCUCAGAACAUGGGAAUACCUCUCUCACCCCCUUGGUCUGCUGUGGGGGACAGCUUCUUGUGUGCUGGGGUGGUGAUUAAAGUCAU